AUAACUCAGAAAUCCUCACAAAGCGUUUCAAACUCUCCAACAUUAUCAUAAGUUCUGAAACCACAAAAGACACAAAAUUACCAUGAGUUCACAGGGAGGAGCAACCAAGGGUGGCAGGGGCAAGUCCAAGAGCUCCAAAUCGGUGACUCGAUCGCAGAAGGCUGGUCUCCAAUUUCCGGUCGGACGCAUCGCUCGCUUCCUCAAGAAAGGCAGGUAUGCGGAGCGUGUCGGAUCUGGCUCUCCCGUAUAUCUCUCUGCUGUCCUCGAGUAUCUUGCUGCAGAGCUUCUGGAAUUGGCUGGAAAUGCUGCAAGGGAUAAUAAGAAGAACAGGAUUAUACCAAGGCACAUUCAGUUGGCCGUUAGAAACGACGAGGAGUUGAGCAGGUUGUUAGGGUCUGUGACCAUUGCAAAUGGAGGUGUUUUGCCUAAUAUUAAUCAGAAUCUGCUGCCCAAGAAAAUUGGGUCAAAGAAGGGAGAGAUUGGGUCCAUGUCUCAGGAGUUUUAGGGAUCGUGAUAAUAAUUCAGGCUGAUUUUGUUGAUAAGCAUGUUGUCAAAGUUGGAUUUCAUUUUUUAAUGUGUAAAUCCUGCGGAUUAAUGAGUAAAAUCCUUAUUGAAUAAUUCUUCGCGCA